AUGGCGAGCUCGAAGACUCUGUUCGCUUUCGGAGCCCAAGCCCUGCUCCUUGCCUCGUCGGCCUUCACAGACGACGUUGUUGCGCUCACGAAGGACAACUUCGAGAAGGAGGUCGGUCAAGAUCGCGCCACUCUCGUCGAGUUCUAUGCUCCUUGGUGUGGUCACUGUAAGAAGCUUGCACCGGAGUAUGAGAAGCUUGCAAAGGUUGAUUGUGAUAAGCACAAGGGCAUUUGUGGCAAGUAUGGAGUUUCCGGCUACCCCACAAUUCAAUGGUUUCCUAAAGGGUCCUUAGAACCCAGAGGUGGAGAUUCCAUCCGGCUGAAACAAAUCAUCAUGCCAUCAGGGAAGACGAAGAACCCCAUCCAGCACUCAGAGUACUCCGACUCCGAGCUCAUCUUCAGCUACAUCCCGGACCCAUUUGGGUUCGUCAUCAAUGUGAAGAUCGUCAACGCGUACCGUGACCACUGCACAUUCCUCGACCGCGGUAGGACCCUCCUGCAAAUUUUCUCAGAGCUCAUGGAGCGCAAGGAGGGUUGCUCCAAAGGGAAAGGGCCAACGAAACCCGAGUCAAGGAUUACAGUGGCAAUUAAAAGCUUAAAGCCAGAUGGUCUCCAAGGCCAUAGAGAAUAA